CUUCCUCUUGAAUGAAGGAGGAAGGGCUUGUCUUCUCUCUUCAGAGCAGAGCCUGGCAUCUCCCCAGCACAGACGUUUGAACAGAGCAGGCUCCUGAGGUCUCCAGGAUGCCUAACCCAGCCUCCUGGCCCCACCCUCCUGGUCCUCUCCUGCUGCUGACUUUACUGCUGGGACUCACAGGAGUGGCAGGUGAGGAGGAGCUGCAGGUGAUGCAGCCUGAGAAGUCUGUGUCAGUCGCAGCUGGAGAGACGGCCACUCUGCUCUGCACUGUGACCUCCCUGGUCCCUGUGGGGCCCACUGCAUGGUUCAGAGGAGCUGGACCAGGCCGGGAAUUAAUCUACACUCAAAAAGAAGGCUACUUCCCCCGGGUAACAACUGUUGCAGACCAGACAAAGAGAAACAACAUGGACCAUUCCAUCCGCAUCAGUAACAUCACCCCAGCAGAUGCCGGCACCUACUACUGUGUGAAAUUCCGGAAAGGGAGCCCUGAUACGGAGUUGAAGUCUGGACCAGGCACGGAGCUGUCUGUUCGGGCCAAACCCUCUGCCCCCGUGGUGUCAGGCCCUGCGACGAGGGUCACACCUGAGGACACAGUGAGCUUCACCUGCGAGUCCCAAGGCUUCUCCCCCAGAGACAUCACCCUGAAAUGGUUCAAAAAUGGGAAUGAGCUCUCAGCCCUCCAGACCACCGUGGACCCCGCAGGAGAGAGCGUGUCCUACAGCAUCCGCAGCACAGCCAGGGUGGGACUGACCCGUGGGGACGUUCGCUCUCAGGUCAUCUGCGAGGUGGCCCACGUCACCUUGCAGGGGGACCCUCUUCGUGGGACUGCCAGCUUGUCUGAGGCCAUUCAAGUUCCACCCACCUUGGAGGUUACUCAACAGCCCAUGAGAGCAGAGAACCAGGUGAACGUCACCUGCCAGGUGAAGAAGUUCUACCCCCAGAGCCUACAGCUGACCUGGUUGGAGAAUGGAAAUGUGUCCCGGACAGAAACAGCUUCAACCCUCAUAGAGAACAAGGAUGGCACCUACAACUGGGCAAGCUGGAUCCUGGUGAACACCUGUGUCCACAGGGAUGGUGUGGUGCUCACCUGCCAGGUGGAGCAUGAUGGGCAGCCGGCAGUCAGCAAAAGCCUUCGCCUGGAGGUCUCAGCCCACAGUAAGGAACAAGGCUCAGAUGUCACCCAUGGCCCGGCACUGGCUCCUACUGCUCCACUCCUUGUAGCUCUCCUCCUGGUCCCCAAGGUACUACUGGUGGUUGGUGUCUUUGCCAUCUACAUCUACUGGAAACAGAAGGCCUGACUUUCCUUCACUCCUUCCCUGCCAUGUGAGACCCCCAGUCUCUGCUGCCUCCUUCCUUUCUCGAGAGACUUUGCCUGAGAGGAGCUGGUGAGAAGAUUCCCCAGACUGAGCUCCAAAUGCCUCCCUUCCCAGGACAUCUGCCUGCCCACAGACUCCUGUUGCUCCUUCACAAGACCUUGAUGCUCCAGAGCAGGGUCUUCAUUCUUGGCCCUGAGCAGGGGACAUGGGAUUGGGCCCAGGGCACUGACUCAUGGCACCUCCCUAGAAUGUGAGAAACACGCCAAAUCUAAACACAUCAGGACUCCUCCCAUCCACCGCCUUGGGACUGACUUUAUACCACAGACUCCCUCCAGGCUCUCAAGAGGUAUGUUGUCUUCUGGAUUACUGCCUACCCCAACUCCCCAGCCUUGUUGAGGUUCUCUAUUGCCUCCUGAAUACACAUGAACCCCUGUAACAAUUUUAAGAAAAAAUGAUUCUCCUUCGUCUUUGUCCAAGUGUCCUACCCCUCACACGCAAAAAGAAAGAAGCUCUCCCUUCUCUCUGUGAUGGGGACGCUAGUUCUCCUAGCAUCCUGCAGCCUUCCAAGCCCUGCUGCUCAUGGUAGAAAUGCUGCCACAGUCCAACAUCCUGGAGUCCUCCUUGACUUCCCUUUAUACUCCGUAUUCAAUUCUGCCUCCAAAAUGUUUAUAUCCACUUAUGUGAGAUGGUAAAUGUUUAACAGUGAACUUUCUGAAAGGGAAAAAUCAAAAGCUGUUUUGUCAUGCUUGCCAAUCUCUGUAGUGUAAUCACUCCCAACAUGGCCAGUUUCAAGCUACCAACCGUUAAAACAACCAGAUUGCAGAAUUCCUAUAAUUCAACAAUUGGUUUUCAGGGGUCAGUCCAAGCCUGCUGCAGGACUUCCCGAGUUAUAUCCACAAUCUGCCACUUCUCACUUCCGCCACCCCUCCCUGUCUCAGCCAGCAUCAUCUCUUUUGGGACCACUCCUCUGCCUUUCAUUUUUCAGCCAUAGCGAUUCUUUGGAAAAGUCAAAUCAUAUUACUUCUUUGCUUCUUCCCCAACACAGCUGCACCGCUCCCUCUCUCCCUCCUUCAAGUCUGUGCUCAAUGUCACUUUAUUAAAGUCACCUUCUGUAAACUACCCUGUAUAAAAUAUUAUUUCUUUUCUCUAUCCCAGCAUUCUAAUUUCUCUCAUCCUAGCUAAUUUUUCUUUAGCUCUUAUUUCCAUAAGUAUUAACUGAAUACAGGCAGCCCUCACUUUUCAUGGCAGUGCAGUAUUGCAGAAACGACUGUGCAACCUGAAACCCAGGAAAGCAAUCUCCAUAUUCAAUCAAAAAAAUGAUCAUUCUGUGACCUUUAACUUUUUUUGUCAAAAUAUUAGAAAGUCUUACACUCUCAGUUACAAAUGUAGAGGACAAUGAAAAUAUAAUGAAAUAAAUAUUUACUUGUGCACUGUAAUUCAAACUAUUAGAAACAUUGAGAGUUCAAGUGUUGUUUCUUAGUGAAAAUGUAUCAAGAGUAGUUGAAAGAGUGCUUGCCUUCUUCUUGUAUAUUUCUGAUAUGGAAUGAUAUGGUUUGGCUCCGUGUCCCCACCCAAAUCUCAUCUCAAAUUGUAAUCUGCACAUAUUGGGGAAAGGGGCCUGCUAGGAGGUGAUUGAAUCAUGGAGGUGGACUUCCCCCUUGCCGUUCUUGUGAUAGUGAGUUCUCAUGAGAUCUGGUUUUUUGAAAGCGUUUGGCAUUUCCCCCUUUGUUCUGUCUGUCUCUUUGUCUGUCUCUCUGUCUGUCUCUCUCUCUCUCUUUCUCCUACCACCAUGUGAAAAAAGUUCCUGUUUCCUUUUCUCCUUCCAUCAUGAUAGUCAGUUUCCUGAGCCUCCCAGUCAUGCUUCCUGUUAAGCCUGUGGAACUGUGAGUCAAUUAAAUAUCUUUUCUUCAUAAA